UCCACGACUACAUCAUUCAGACCAUGGUCACCCACUCUCAUUCCAUCGCAACCGACUGGCUCACGUCCUGCAGCUCUGAGCUCCACGACGUUAGCUCGUCCCGCAACUCGGGGCUCCACAUCAUCGGUCUGGACAUCGGAUGGUUUCCCAACUUGCAUGACCAAGACAACCCAGUUGCACUCCUGCAGAUUGCAGUGGGCAUGCGUUGUCUGAUUUUCCUAUUUCAACAUGAGCUUGGCAUCCCCCAGUCCCUCAUCGACUUCCUCGGCAACUGCUCCUACGUCUUUGUCGGGGUUGGAAUCCACGAUAACGUCCAGAAGCUAGUCAACCACCACGGCCUCAAUGUGACCAAUGUGAAGGACCUGCAUGACUAGGCGCGUAAGGGUGUGAUCGAGCUGAAGGGCCUCGCGCAGGAGAUAUUAGGGUGGGAAAUAGAGAAGCUGAAACGGAUUACCUUGAGCCAAUGGAACAAGUUAUGGCUUACUAGUGCGCAAGUCCAGUACACUUGCGUGGACGCGUUCGUGUUGCUCAAGAUCAGGGAGGCUCUGGAUGCCGCCAAGAAAUGAGGCAUUUGUUAGGUUUUUCGAGUUUUUAUAGUUAA